AUGACACUCGCAGACGACGUCAACCUGGAAGAGUUCGUAGUUGCCAAGGACGACCUCAGCGGUGCAGACAUCAAGGCCAUCUGCACCGAAGCCGGCAUGUUGGCCCUCCGGGAACGAAGGAUGAAAGUGACCCAGGCAGACAUGAGAAAAGCAAAGGAGAAGGCGCUGUACAAAAAGAAGGGGUCAUACCCCGAGGGAAUGUACCUCUAG